GUAUGACAUCAAGGUUCCGCGGUACUUUGAUGUCAUACGCCGAUUGGUCUGCGCAGCGCCACAAGAACUCGAACAUGUCUAAUGUCUUCCUGGAUGAUCAGUCAGAAAAUACCCAAGUAAAAGCAAGGUUUGAUAAAAUGUCAGACAACCACGAAGCACAAAAAGAUGAACUGCUGGCUUUAGCAAGCAUAUAUGAUGAAGAAGAGUUUCGCAGGGACGAAUCAGGACAGGAAGGUGAGAUCCAUCUGUGUCUUGAGCUUCCUCCUGACUUCAAACUGCUAAUAAAGGGACCAACUUGUGUGGAGUAUGAUUUAUCAUUUCUACCCGUGGUUCUGAGUUUUAAACUUCCUGUGGACUACCCUUUAUCAUCCGCUCCAGGCUUUACUCUAAACUCCAAAUGGCUCACAAGAGUUCAAAUCACUGCACUUUGCAAAAGACUAGACAAGCUUUGGGAGGAAAACCGAGGAAAUGUUGUGCUUUUUACCUGGAUCCAGUUUCUGAAGGAAGAAACUCUGGAAUUCCUGGGCAUCCAUUCUCCACUUGAGAUCCAAAGCAUUGUUCUUCAGUCUCAGGGUGAAUCUGACCAGAAGCAAGCAGUAAACAGUGCUGGAGAAAACAGUAAACAAGAAUUAGACCCAAGAGCUGUUCAAGAAGUUGAUCCUUACACAGACAUAAUAAACCAGCUGCUGGACUUUGAUGAAGCUCAGAAGCAGAAAAUGUUUGAUGGAAAACUAUUCUGUUGUGGGAUUUGCUACUCGGAGAAGCUGGGCUCCAACUGUUUGCUCUUCAAAGAGUGUCAACACGUCUACUGCAAGGACUGCAUGAAGGAAUACUUUCAGAUCCAGAUCAGAGACGGCAAAGUCCAGUGCCUUAACUGUCUUGAUCCAGAGUGUACGUCCAUAGCCACUCCAGCACAGGUGAAAUCUCUGGUGGGGGAAGAUGAGUUUGCCCGGUACGAUCGUCUGCUCCUUCAGUCAAGUUUGGACCAGAUGAAAGAUGUUAUGUACUGUCCCCGCAUGAGUUGUUGCAUGGCUGUGAUGUUGGAGCCUGGCACCACUUUGGCCAUGUGCCCCUCUUGUCGACACGCUUUCUGUAAUCUCUGUAAGCGAAGCUAUCACGGCCCCUCUCAAUGCAUAGUCACUGCUGAUGAAAUUCGAGGGUUGCGGGAGGAAUAUCUAGCUGCAAAUGACGAAAGGAAGAAGUUUCUCGAGAAGCGUUUUGGAAAGCAGGUCAUUCAGAAAGAGUUGGAUACUUACUAUAGCAAAGUAUGGUUGCAGGAUUACAGUAAGCAGUGCCCAUCCUGUAGCGCUCCUGUACAGAAAGACACGGGCUGUAACAAGAUGCACUGUUAUUCCUGUCAGAAGAAUUUCUGCUGGGUCUGCCUUGCAGUUCUCAGUGAUACAGACCCAUACCUCCACUUCCGAAAAUCACCAUGCGCUCUUUAGUGAGUGCCUUCAUAUAGACAGUCUGAAUGUGUUUCAGUGUCUUGAUGUUUCGUGUUGAGAUGAAAAUCUACUUUUGGCAGGUCAAUGUCCUGCCCUUUGCAUUAAAUCUUUCACCGCCAUUGACGAGAUAUCUCGUCAAUUAAGAGAAAACGCUUCCCCGCCAAUGACGAGAUUUUCAGUCUUUCCGCAAUACCGCUAUUAUCCACCAGGUGGCGCCCUUCCGCAACUUUUUAAACCCGGAAGUAUUGCCCUAUGGCAAGCGGCUGCAUGUCCGUGUUUGUUUUAAAGAUCGCUCUGAAUGGGAUCUCUAUGAAAAGUCCGUCACAAAAAUGGAAUUAUCUCUGAUUACAAAAGAACCACUGAAGGUAGGAUGUUUGAAAACAGAGGGCCUGUUCUUUCAUUUGGUAUAUUGUAUGUUUAUAUAUUUAAAGAAGAACAUUUUCUGGAAGGCAUUAAACUUUGGUGAAAAUCAUGAAAAACGCUGGCGCUGGCUGGCAACUUUUUAAAAAAACGCUGGCGGUGAAAGAGUUAAACAGCUAUACUGUUAAAAAAAGACACUCUGAAAUACUAAAGCAUAGAAAUUUACAAAUGAUUGGUUUGCGUUUUUAAAUCAAUAUAAAACUACAACAAUAUAAAACAUGGACAAACUCACCUAAGUUAAAUUUAUAGUUCUUUUUCCGGCUGGAUCAUCAAGACUAUUGGUUCUCCUAGUUGUCAAUCAUUCUGGUGAUAUGUUUACGUAAGGCCGUCGUACGCGCUUGUCCCUAGGUAGUUUUGCUUUCUGCACAUGGGCACUUUUAGGUCGCAAGAGAAAAAGUGUUUACGAAUUAUAUGACAAGAAGAGAAAGGAGAAUUUUAUUUUACACGCUGGCAUGCGCUAAAAGCACAGGUUGGGCUUCCCACUGAUGCCUCAGUUGCGAAGUUUCUACUCGACAGGUAAAGUUUGGCAUACUAUUUGGAGAAAUCCAUUUAAAAUCACCGCUAGUAAACGUUGAUGUAAGCUAUGAUUAAGCAAUGCUAGCCCUGGCACAAGUCACACACACUAAACAUCUCAAUUUGUCUAAAGUAGCCUUAUGACCAGAUGGUAAAAGGUAUCAUACUGAAAUGUUUUAAAACCUUGUGUGUUCAUUUUUUAUACUUCCAAUGUGUUCACCAUAGUAUUUAUUACGCAAAUGCAACAAGCUACUUCUCCAUUGCUCACUCAAUUUAUCAAUAUAAUAAGUAAAUAAAACACGGAAGGGCAUUUGACAUUUUGUCUUGCAUGACGAUCUCUCGUGCACACGUUUAAUAGGUGUUCCCUCUCGGGAGCAGGUAGAGUGUUGCGCAUGUGCAAGUGGAGAGGGCGGUUCUUUUCUAAAAUUCGGGAAAAUCUUCCACUAUACCUUUAAAGGGACAGUAAGUAGGGUUUUAUCAAUGUCUUUAUUCAUAAAUAUGUCCUCGUUGGUGUCAAAUGACCUCUGCCAGUGAUCUGACUUUUCUUUGUAAGUUUAGAAUUUCUUCUCUUUACUUACAUUGAACGGGUAAGUCCAAGGAGGCUUCCGUGUUGUUCCGCCGUAUUGAUAAACUAUAAUAGCAGAGAGGGACAAAAAGCACUAGCCUACCAACGUGUUUCCACAACGCGUUUUCAUUCAGAACACGUGAAGUAGCUGAAAUGGACCAAGAGAUCAGUGAUUACACAACGGCUACCGUAGUUGCAACACGCAUUUGAAAAAAGCGAGGCGCUAGAGAGCACUAUUCAUUUGAAUUCGAAAUACAGUUUCACCACUACAUGGGGGUAAAUCCUACUUAUUGUCCCUUUAAGCGAAAAGUGAAACUUGAAUCUUAUGUAUUAUUAAAGCUUUCCGACUUUCACAUUCACGUGAAUUUUGUAAGUCAGGAAAUUAUUUACACCACAUGGUGUGAGUAUGUUUUUUCGCGCCAUAGACAGCAAAAUAUUUCAGUCGACUGUAUUUAAUAGGCACCGAAAUCUGUGUUCUGAUUUGGUUCGGUAGAUACUGGCCAUAAUGGCACCGGGUUUCAACCCUAAAACCAAAUGCAGUUUGAUUGAUAUUAAAUGGAAUCAAAAAACAAGAUAUUUUAAAAACAGACUUAUCCCAUUUUGGAACCAAACUCUUUUAAUCCAGCAGGCUUUUUAAGAGGGUGCCAGAUCUGCUGCAAUGUAAAAUUCACAUCUGUGCAUGUGUUUUAUUCUGUGCACUUAGCAUUUUCACUACAUUUAUUACAUUUUUAGCAAAAGCAUUGAAAUACAUUUAUGCAUUUGGCAGACACUUUUAUCCAUAUACAUCACUUUUAUGUUUAUUUACUCUAUUCUACUUUUCAUUUGGGUUUUUGUAAACAUUUUGAACAAAUCUCAUGUCAAAGCUAAGUAUUUCUGUAGAAGGUGAAGACUCUUAUUCUGUUUUGACUUACAUGAAACACACAUUAUGAGAUUUCAAUGUAAUUGAUUUUACAUUGUAAUUAAUACUGAAAUUAAUAAUCAAAUUGAUUACAUAUUGUUUACUAAUUAAAUAGCUGAGAAUGAUGGAAGAUAAUUUAAAGCCAUUACAUUAUUGUGCAUAUAUAUAAGUACUAUAAAUCAUUAAUUAGACAUUACUAAAAGUCUUUAGUAGAAAGUAUAUAAUUGUUUUUUUUAUAAAAUUGAGUCCAGGCCCAGUGAUAGACCAACAGGACAAUCUGUUUAGUAAAUGAGAGAAUAUGAGGUAGGCUACAUUGAUUCUUGUAAUCUUGCAUUGUUUAUGUUGAACUAUUUAUAAUAUGUUGGUUAUACAUUGUAUACAUGUGUAUACAUUAUACAUGGCUUAUCCUUGGUCAUUCGGUGCUUGUUGAUUUGGGUAAAUGUGCAUUGUCUAGAUGCUGUGGUAGCUAUAUCUUAUAAGGUCUAAUUCUUUAAUAUUAGUUAAUGUUAUUAAAGUCAUUAGGUGUCAUGAACAAACAGUAAUUUAUUAAGGCUAAUGUUAAUUUAUAAAUAUACCACAGUUUUUGUUAAUUCAUGUUUGUUCACAAUACAAUAACUUAUGGUAAUUUAUACAGCAAGAAAUGCAAAAAACAAUGGUUUUAAUAUAAUUACAUUACAAAGCCUACUAGAAGAAAUAGUGUACUGCAUGUUAUUCAAAACAGGAAAAUACAUACUGUAAAAAAUAUUGUUCAUCUUUAUUUUUGUGUUAACUAUUGCAUUAACUUAUUAAAUGAAUAGUUCACCCCAAAAUGAAAAUGAGCCCAUAUUUUACGAACCCUUAAGCCAUCCUAACCCUACAGUCACAUUAGCUACAAAAGUGAACGACACCGAGCGACAUGCACUCGCUUGAUGAGCGUUCCUUGGCUAGUUUCUAAAAGCGGUAUCAAAAGUCACUUUAGAGGUAUUGUUAAGUUACAAGAACGGUGUUUUUGGAUUUAAAAGUAUUUAUUUCUCGAUAAAAGUACAAAAUAUAUUUGAUAAAAUGCCAAACUUAUCAGAUAUGUACAUAAAUACGCAUUUUCCACCAUCUUGAAUUAUUUUCUCAGACUCGACCACAGACCUACGUCACGCUGCUCCUUCACUCCGAUUGGCAGUCGCUUUGUCGCAUCGCUCAGCAUUUGCAUAAAAUAGCCUGCUUGUCUAUUUUGGCCCCGCCUUGCUCGCGCAGCGGCGAGCUUGUCGCUGGCAAACGGCCACUUCCAUUGAAAAUGAAUGGUAGCCUGUCGCUCUGUCUCUUGUAGCUAAUGUGACUGGGGGGUAAGUGUAUAUGACGUUCCUCUUUCAGUCAAACACAGUCUAGGGGCCCUAUUGUAGCGAUCUAUCCACAUGGUCUAAAGAGCAAGUGCAUGUAGGGCGUGUCCGAAUCCACUUUUGCUAUGGGAAACAACAGGAAAAAUGGCGCACAGUCUAAGAGAGUUGUUCCUAUUCUUGUAAUGAGUAAUGGGUGUGUUUUGGGCAUUAUGUGCAAUAAACAAAUGAGAGUCUCCCCUUUAAAAGCCAGUUACGCUCGCACCAUAGCGAUUUCUUAUUUAUAUGGUGGGGGUUUGUAAGCAGAAAAACUGUAAGCAGAGAAAGAAAACCAUCAGUUUUACAUUGAUGCUAAAGCUUUGGUUCUCUUCAGUUAUACCUGUUUCAGCACUGGUACAGCAGUAGUGUUUUGAAAAAUAUUACUUAAAAAUGUUUCUCAUCUCACCAUAUCCAAAGUUACAAAGCCAUUAGAUACAAUAAAUCUUUGGGGUAGCAUUUAAAAAUCUAAAUAAAUGCAAUAUUACACUGUAAAAAAUAAAAAGUUGACUUAACUUAAAUUUUCAAGGCAACUUGCUGCACAGCUUUUUUGAGUUUACUCAACUCUUGGAUGAUGUAGUUCACCUAACUCAAUUUACUGAGUAAUGUCAACUUAAACCAACAAGUUGAACCAACCUAAACUGAUUAGGUAAUAAGCUAAUUUCUAUGUUUACUCAACUAGUGACUAAGUUGGGUAAAGAGUAAUUUAGUAUAUCCAAAUUCAACUAAUCUACAUGUUUUGGACUGUGGGAUUGUACACAGAAAGGUCUUAUAAACAAAGUCUUUGUCUGACUUAGCCCUUGCUUAAACCAGAGACCUUUCUGCUGUGAGGCAACAAUGAUGCGUGAUAACUCACUGUGCUGCCCUCUACACUGAACACACACUUCUUAAUCAUGGUAACAAUGAACUAACAUCAUUCUUUCAAAAUUACUCUAAAUACAACAUAUAACUAACAUUAACAACAUAAAUAAAGCCAGCAAACAUUAAAACAGUCAGACCAUUGUUUUUUUUUAAAUUGCUUGUUCAGAUUACUCAGUUUGGCAAGUUGGGUUUUUUCAUUCAGUGAACACAAAAUAAUGAAUUGACGCCCUUCAACAAAGAAAUCUUUGUUCAAGUUACUUAAUUUUCUUUGUUGAAUGAACAUUUUAAAGUUGGAUUUUUUACAGUGAGAAAGCAAUUUAAAAUGUGAAGCAGCUCUUCACGCCUACUAAAGUCCUCAGUGUUUCCCACAGGAUUUUGAGGAGACUGUGGUGGUGAUGACGUCACCCGCUAAUUAGCAUAUAUGUGAUGUCAUCAUGUCGUGUUUGCGUUUGAUCUAGUGUUGGCACCUGAAAUAUGUUUCACUUCUACUCUUUGAUCUGUAUCUGUAUUUGAUCUGUAUUAUAUAUCAAAUUAUAUUUUAAGCCGAAUUAAGCUGUUUUAAAUAGUGAAAUAAAAAUGUAAAUGGGAAUCAUGAAAAUUCUA